AUGGUUAUGGUCGGAUAUUUAUGGUUUGAUAUAAUCGAUUAAUCGAUUAAUUUAGAUUAUUUGGGUAAGAAUCCAUUUCUUUGUUAUCUAUGUUGGGAUAUCUCUAAUAUAUGUUUUAACUUACUGAUAUCGUAUAAUAGCAGUAAACAUUAAAGUCGUGCGCGAAUUGUAAUAUUGGACGAUAAAUUUCAACUACCAAACACUCUAAGUAACAUAAUUCUAUCUUUUGCUACUAUAUAUUAUAAAAUCGAAGUAAAUUUUAUAACAAUCCUAACAUAUAUCAUUCAUAAUGGGUAAGUAUCUUUUUCCUUAAAGUUUAAUUUGUGCCUAAUUUAUUAGGUUACAUAUUAAUUGAAAUGUUGUUAAUUCGAUACUAACUAUGAAACAGGUAUUCCCAAAUUUUUUCGGUUCAUUUCAGAAAGAUGGCCAUUGAUUUCCCAAUUAAUCGAUGGAACACAGAUUCCAGAGUUCGAUAA